AUGAUCGCCAAUAGGAUACAGUUUGACGCUGUCAAGCAUGAUAUCUUCCAUCCCAACCAACUUGGCGGCAGUCGCCAGAGGUCAACCGAGGAUGCUGGAUUGAUUCUGACCCAUCUCAUUGCGCUGGCUUUUGACAUCGCGCAGUUCUUCCCUUCUAUCAACCAUGAGAUGUUCAUGGCUGUACUUCGCAAGCAAGGGUUCUCGCCAGUCCUGGUGGAGUCCUUUGCUUCCUAUCUUGUUGGUCGUUCCACAGUUUACUGCUGGAACACCUUUCAAUCCGACUUGCAGUCUGCGGAUGUGGGUGUCAGGCAGGGCUCUGCUGUCUCACCCGUUAUCUCAGGGCUGUUCAUUGCUCCAGUGAUGAAGCUCUUCUAUAUCAAGGCGGCACCACUUAACACGACACUUCUCUCCUUUGUGGAUGAUGGGACCAUUUUGGCCCAGUCAAGACAACUUGAUGAUAAUAAUGUGGGCCUGCAUAAGGCCUACAAAAUUAUCUACCUUCUCUUUGUUGCUUUUGCACUCAUUCUUGAACACGACAAGACUGAGCUGUUUCACGUCUCACGUCGACGAGACGCCUACAAUCCCUCGCUGGAUCUGGGGUACACCCCGCAUACUGGUGCUACGCCUUUGAAGCCCAAGACCUAUUGGAGGUACUUGGGCUUCUACUUUGACUGUGGGCUCACAUUUCAUGAGCAUGUUCGCUACUAUGCCACCAAGGCAUUUACCACUGUGCAGGCCAUGCGCAUGCCCGGAAACUCUACCAGGGGUCUCUCGCCUAAACAGUGCCGCCUCUUAUAUAGAUCAUGUGUGGUUCCUAUUGCCACAUACGGUUAUCGUCUCUGGUAUUUCGACGGCGCCCGUAAUAAGGGUGCGAUGAACCAGCUAAAACGGAUGCAGCGAAAAGCUGCUCUAUGGAUCACGGGUGCUUUCCACACCUCCCCUACAGGCGGUCUUGAGGCCUUGGCAGGUCUUAUCCCCGUCUACCUUAUGCUGAAGAAGUUGGCAACGCGUGCAGUGUACCGCGUUGCCACCCUCUCGGACACCCAUCCCCUUUGCUCCAUGUUGGGCGAGGGACUCCUUAAGCGGGCUGCACCUCAUGCCUGCUCAUCUGCCUUGAUGACCCCAGCUAUGUGA